CCCGCGGGAGGGCGGGAGGAGACGGGGAGAGGCUGACGGCCCAGGGCAAGGCUCGUGCUGCGGGAAGGUGAGGCGAGACCCCGAGGCAGAGGGAAGGAGGCCAGGGUGACCGAGGGGAAGCCAUGAGGCAGCUGCUGAUCCCGCUGGCCCUGUGGCUGGCUGCGGUAGGCUUGGGCAGUGCCGAGCUCACGAGGGUCCAGCGCCGGGGUCUGCAGGUGGCCCUGGAGGAAUUCCACAAGCACCCGCCUGUGCAGUGGGCCUUCCGGGAAACCAGCGUGGACAGUGCGCUGGACACGCUCUUCCCAGCCGGGACCUUUGUGAGACUGGAAUUUAAGCUCCAGCAGACGAGCUGCCAGAAGAAGGACUGGAAGAAACCUGAGUGCAAGGUUAAGCCCAACGGGAGGAAGAGGAAAUGCCUGGCCUGCAUCAAACUGGACCCCCAGGAUAAAGUUCUGGGCCGGAUGGUCUACUGCCCCAUACAGACUCAGGCUCCACGGGAACCCAAGGAGCACCAGGAGACCCAGUGCAGCAGGGUGGAGCGAGCUGGCGAGGACCCCCAGAGCUACUAUUUACCCGGACAAUUUGCCUUCUUCAAGGCCCAGCCCCCCAACUGAGCCCUGGACUGAAUUGCAUCCAGCUUCCUGAACAGCUGCGGGUGGUAACCAGUGGAAGAGCCUGCCCUCCCAGGGAGAUGAACCCUUUCUAUCCUGAGUUAAUAAAACUGCUCCCCAAGU